AUGCGAGGCGAGAGAAUACCGCCGUGGCGACGUCGAAACUCUGCCAUCCCGAAGCGGCCGAUCCAGUUGUUCCUGGAUGGCGGCUUCGCGACACCCCAGGACACUUCCGAGCCCGGUUGUUGGCGGCGGUACUCUUGCUUCGUCCUGCUCACGGCCUUCGUCACGUCGGCCGUCUUGCUCGCCCCGCUGAUGCUGCACCUCGAGCGGCAACGACAGCGGAGCCGCACCUCGCUCUUGAGGGAUCUUCAGCGCUCGCGCGAUCACGGCGUUCACCCGUGCGACGACUUCUACCGACACGUCUGCAGCGGCUGGGACGGGAACCUUAAUCGCCGCUACAGGACGCCUUUGGCCACGUACAGCAGCGUUUUCGAUGAGCGCGUCAUCAAGAGUGUCCUGCGUCGCCGGUUCCCCUCGCGUUCAGCCAAGGCACAGGACAAGGCUUCCGCGUUUUUGCUGACGUGCCUGAGCAGGACAGGAAGGCGGAACACAUGGAGCCUUUCUAAGGUGCUUCUCGAGUUGGGUCUUCCGUGGCCGAGGAAGUCUUCGGCCACGAGGUACGACCUGCUCAACACUCUGGUCAAGGCUUCGCUCCACUUCGGCACGUCCCUGUUCUGGGCUUUCUACGUGGGUCGUCAUCCAUCUCGCCCGCACGAACACACCAUCUACAUGACCCUGGAGAUGCGCUGCUUCGAGUGGAUCGCCGACUUCGGACGUCUCAUGGUGCGAGAAAGACACGACGAUUACCUACGACGCUGCGCGGAGAUCGUGGGCGGCAUUGGACAGUCGUACUCCACGAUGAUCCACGCCGUGACCACGAUGCACCUGGACAUCGCCGAAAAGGUACGCCGCUAUUGGUACCAAUCGGCGGUUCCGUACCUGCAGCGAAUGGACGAUUUCGAGCUCCGGCGGGCCGUCAACGGUUACCUUCCAGACGACUCGCAGCUGUGGCCAGACGACGACAUCGUGAACAUGCAGCCCGAACUGUUCCACGAGCUGAACCAGACGCAGUUCACCGAGAACGCCGAGAGCUUUAGACUUUACCUGGGAGCGUACGCGGUGUGGCGGUUGUCGCCGUUCGCUUCGCACUACCUAACGGCUGCAUUGCUGGGCAAUAUGGGCUGGGCCGGUGCCUUGAAGAGUCACCGGCUCGCGAAGUGUCUGGAAGCGCUCGAGUCCAUCAUGCCGCUCGUCAUGUGGAAGUUGCACGACGACACCCAGGGCGACCGAACCAUUGGCUGGACGAUGCAGCAGCUUACCGCAAAGUCUGUGAGUAAGCUGCAGCGCGUGACUGGCCACGCGUUCGGCAGAACGUUCAACACCGCGACGCGACGGGUUUCGAACAACGCCUACAACAUGACUCUCACGUGGGGAGUUUUGGAUCAGGCCUACGCCCAUGUGCGUCCCCGCAGUUACAGCGGGCUUUUCGACAUGUACUUGCAAGCGUGUCGUCUGAGCGUCAACGUCUCCAAGCAGUCCAUGCGCCGGCCACGCAACAUCAUGCUGCACGCUCCGGGGAUCGCCGGCGUCAUUCUCUACCGAAAUCUCGUGGCACGAGAAGUAGUCGUGGAGAGCUUUCGUCUGGCCGCAGCGCCGGCGGAUUCUCCGCACCUGCUUCCUGUGCUUGCGGCUUUCGUCGGCACGGAGAUAUGCAAGCAGUUGCUCACCAUCGCACGUUUUCUGUUGCGAUACGACGGCUCGUUUAGGAGAGUUCCUGCCCCAAACAACAGGGAGGACUACGACGCGCCACUGGAGUACUACGAGAAGCUGGUCAGGGGCCCCCGCUUCGCCGAUCGAUUCACUCGAGGCGAGCUGCGCGAGGUGAUUGGCAACAGCCUCGCCGCGUACUUCGCCAGCUACAUUCCGAGCUUGCCAGAGGCGCACGCCAUCGCCGCAGAGAGGGCAGGCGCGCAUGCGAGCGACGAGCAGAGCUCCUUGAUUGGCGUCUCCGCCGAUCAGCUGUUUUUUCUCGUCAACUGCUUCACCCACUGCGGCGAAGCUGGGACUGCGUACGAACUGCGGAAGAUCAACUGCAACUUGGCUUUGCCUUCUAUAGGAGCCUUCAGGCGAGCGUUCAAGUGCGAAGCGCAACAUCGCCUGGUGACCAACUUUACAUGGCCCGAACCGGUCAAUGUGCACCGUGCUGUGGCUGCGUAGGCGAUCCCGCGCAGUUCCCGACACAUUCGCAAAAACUUGUAAACGUAGCCAUUUCGAGGUUUUAUUUCUGCCUCGAAGUAACUCGAAGUAACGUCUAAAUGUUCCUGAUAUGACUGCGACCUUAUAUUUCAAGGUGAA